AUGAGGUGCGGAAAUCAAGCACGACGUGGGGCUAUCGCUCUGUUGCUUCCCUUCACACUCCUACUAGCCGUGGUGUUCUAUCUCUAUUCCAUCCCAGAAACAACUAUCCGGGCGCCUUUCUCCUCUUCUGACCAACCGAUCCCCAAUGGCAAUCCGUUUGCCUUCGUUUUCUACGCCACCAAUGCGGGCUACGCUUGCGGUGCCCUACUUCUAAUCAAGCAGCUCUCUUCCCUCUCCCCGGGAAUCUCGACCGUUUUGAUGGUCCCACCCACCUUCCUUCCACGGAAUCUCGUCCCCUUUCAACGCUUCAACACUACAAUCGUAAAGUUGAAACCCCCUCCGCUGGCAGGUGGAGGCGACGCUUACUACUGGUCUGCCCUACUCAAGUUGAGAGCAUUCCAACUGCAAGAACAGCUGCCUGAUCUCAAGCGCAUCAUCGUUAUGGACUCGGACCAGAUCAUACGAAAGCCACUUCAUCACCUCUUCCACCUUCCAGAGGUGGAGGUAGCUGCACCCGUUGCCUACUGGCUCGAGAACACGGAAUAUACCACCUCGGCGUUGAUGGUGAUCUCCCUCUCAAAACGUCUGUCGAAAGAGGUCACGACGGCACUCACUACGAUCCGGAGUAAAGAGUACGAUAUGGACCUGGUCAAUCGACUCUUCUAUCCCUCACGGAUGCUUGUACUUCCUGGGUCUUACUGCACCCUCAACUCUCACUGGGAGAGCUCUGAGCUUCCGGACUGGAUGCAGAACAAAACGAAAGGGCUGCAGGGACUGUGGGAGGAAGAGAGCCAAGUUAUCCACUUUUCGGCGGGAGGAAAGCCCUGGAAUGUAAAUAUGAGGCGGAUGAACAGACUCAGGGAGCAAGGGAAAGUGGAUGGAAUGUUCGUGAAAAUGGUCGAGGAUUGGAGGGAAGAGGCGGAUAAAACAUGUGUGUUGGGAUGGCAAGGUCGUGCCCCAUUGCGGUCUCGGUAA